AUAUACAAUAUUGGUUUAUUAAAAUGGGUUUCUCCAAAAUGAUGGUUACAUUCAUUCUUGUUGCUACACUGGCCAUUUCAUUUGAAACCGUGCAAGCUGCGCCUCCCCGUUGUGGACAAAACUGUACUGAGAGAUUCUUGACUCAAGACUGCGAUAAAUAUUGUGUAGGUUUGUCUUACAAACGUGGUGUUUGCAUUUUAUCCGAAGGACGUCCUCCAAAAACUUCUACAUAUCGUUGUUGUUGUUCGUAAAUGAAAUAUAUGAUUCUUAAUCCUCAUUGAUCAAAUAUGUUUAUGUUUUUUUCCGACUAUAAUAAAAAGUUAUCUAUUGUUUAAUGAGAAAACAAUAUUUUUUAA